UAUAUGUACGUUGCAUACAAGCACAUGUCAACAGACUUGUUCUGGCGCUUUUUUUUUUAAAUCAAGUCAAUUUGACUAGUUUUGAACGAAGAAAAUUUGUUUGCCAAACCAUAAAAAACUAGAUGUCUUAUAAAAGGAAGAAUUACUUAGAAUGGGAAGAAUACUUUAUGUUAACAGCUUUACUAACAGGACAACGUUCAAAAGACCCAAAUACUCAAGUAGGAGCAUGCAUAGUAGAUAAUCAAAAUCGGAUUAUAGGUGUUGGAUACAAUGGUUUUCCAAAAAAUUGCAGCGACGAUAUAUUCCCAUGGAAAAAAACAGGUGAUCUUUUAGAACAAAAAUAUAUGUAUGUAGUUCAUGCAGAAGUAAACGCAAUAUUAAACAAAAAUACAGCUGAUACGAAUGGAUCUAGAUUGUACGUUUCACUUUUUCCGUGUAAUGAAUGUGCUAAGUUAAUUAUACAAGGUGGUAUUAAAGAAAUUAUAUAUAUUUCUGAUAAAGAUGCAGAAAAGCCUCAUACCAUUGCAGCUAAAAGGAUGUUUGAUGCAGCCAAUGUAAAAUAUAGACAAUAUUUUUUGAAAAAUAAAAGUAUUUCAUUUGAUUCUGACAUAAAACAACAAAAAAUUGAAAAAUCCGAAGAAUGCUUAAGAGGGAAGGAAAUAUUUUAUUAUCCUUUUAUUUAUUUAAUUCCAUUUUUUAUAUAUAAAUGUUUUUUUAGUAAAAAUUGAAAUUUUUUGAUCAGUGUGUGUUAAAAUAAGAUACAUAUGUAUGUACGUAUGUAUAUAUGUAAGUAAAUUUUACAUACUUAGUAUUAACAAUAAUAAUACCACAUUACAGUAUGUAGAAUAGUACUUACCAAUCUAUGUAAUGUAGUGUAAGUAUAUGUAAAUGACGAAUUGUAAAAUAUUUUGUGUCUUAAAUUAAUUUUACAUAUUUCAUUUAGAAAAAUUAUGAUAUGUAUGAUAUAAUUGAAUGUAAAAUUUUAAAAGAAUUUGUAAAUUCAUACAAAUUUCGAAGAAAAUUUGGAAAUAUAAUAUACAGAAUUAGAAUAACCACUAAUUUUUACUAAAAAAUGUAGCUACCUACCUACCUACUUUAUGUAUGUAUUUGAAAUUUUAGAAAUUCCGUUUGAUAAACAUGGAAGCUUAUUAAAAUAUGAGCUUGACUAAAAUUUACAAUAUGCUGUUACUCUUAUUAAAUGUAAAUAUGUAACCGUAUGCACAUAUAUGUAUCUUUAACUCUGUCAUUUCUUUAAAGUUAAAACAAAUAAUUGAGCUGAUUUUUUUUGAAAGUGGUAUAAGUCCACUUUUUAAAAAGACUAAGUUAAUAGAGAUUUUGAUAUGACACCUUAUCUCCAAAGUUAUAAUCACAAUUUCAAUAGUUCUGCUUAAACAUAAAACAAAACAAAUAUGUUACUAUGGUCAACAUUUUUAAAUUGAUUCAAAUGCAAAACCUUAAAUAUCUCAAUAUAUGAAAAAAUGGACUUAUCUAUACCACUUUCAAAAAAACCUGCUCAAUUAUGGGUGUUCACUAUAGUGCACUAUAAUUUGAUAAUAUCACAAGUCAGAAAUAAAAAUCUAUGGUAUUGCAAAUGGACCAAAUUAAAAAUUACCUCGAAUUUUUAAUUUAUUCUGAAAGUUUAGACUA